GGGCUCCAAGAUGGCUUUGGCCGGGCUGUGCUCGCUGCUGGCCGGCUGCUGCCUGGCCGCGGGCAGCGGCCCCGCCGAGGCGGCGGCGGAGGCGGCGGCCAAGGAGCUGGAGUGCAAGCUGAAGAGCAUCACGGUGUCGGCGCUGCCCUUCCUGCGGGAGAACGACCUCAGCAUCAUGCACGGCCCCUCGGCCGCCGAGCCCAAGCUGCUCUUCUCGGUCCGCAACGACUUCCCCGGAGAGAUGGUGGUGGUGGAUGACCUGGAGAACACGGAGCUGCCCUACUUCGUGCUGGAGAUCUCAGGCAACACGGACGACAUCCCCCUGGUGCGCUGGCGGCAGCAGUGGCUGGAGAACGGCACGUUGCUCUUCCACAUCCACCACCAGGACGGGGCCCCCAACCUGCCCGGCUUUGACCCCACGGAGGAGCCCCAGACCGAGUCGGCAGAGGAGGAGCUGAGGAUCCUCCACAUCUCCGUCAUGGGAGGGAUGAUCGCCCUGCUGCUCUCCAUCCUCUGCCUGGUGAUGAUCCUCUACACCCGCCGGCGGUGGUGCAAGCGGCGCCGGGUGCCGCAGCCGCAGAAGAGCGCGAGCGCCGAGGCCGCCAACGAGAUCCACUACAUCCCGUCGGUGCUGAUCGGGGGCCACGGGCGGGAGAGCCUGCGCAACGCCCGCGUGCAGGGGCACAACUCCAGCGGCACGCUCAGCAUCCGCGAGACCCCCAUCCUGGACGGCUACGAGUACGACAUCACCGACCUGCGGCACCACCUGCAGCGCGAGUGCAUGAACGGCGGGGAGGACUUCGCCAGCCAGGUCACCCGCACCCUGGACUCGCUGCAGGGCUGCAACGAGAAGGCCAGCAUGGACCUCACGCCAGGGAGUGAUAACGCCAAGCUGUCCCUGAUGAACAAGUACAAGGACAACAUCAUUGCCACCAGCCCCGUGGACUCGAACCACCAGCAGGCCACGCUGCUGUCCCACACCUCCAGCAGCCAGCGCAAGCGCAUCAACAACAAAGCACGAGUGUCCCCUGCAGCUGGCUCAGCAUUUCUCAACCCCGAGGGGGACUCAGGGACAGAGGCGGACACCGACCCCCAGCUGACCUUCUACACAGACCCCUCGCGGAGCCGGAGGCGCAGCCGAGUGGGGUCCCCCCGGAGCCCUGUGAACAAGACCACGCUGACCCUCAUCAGUGUGACGAGCUGUGUCAUCAGCCUGGUGUGCUCUUCCCACAUGAACUGCCCCCUUGUUGUCAAGAUCACCCUCCAUGUCCCUGAGCACCUCAUCGCUGAUGGGAGCCGGUUCAUCCUGCUGGAGGGCAGCCAGCUGGAUGCCAGUGACUGGCUGAACCCAGCCCAGGUCGUCCUCUUCUCCCAGCAAAACUCCAGCGGGCCCUGGGCCCUGGACCUCUGCGCCCGGCGCCUCCUCGACCCCUGCGAGCACCAGUGUGACCCCGAGACUGGUGAGUGUCUCUGCUAUGAAGGCUACAUGAAGGACCCUGUGCACAAGCACCUCUGCAUCCGGAACGAGUGGGGAACGAACCAGGGGCCUUGGCCAUACACCAUUUUCCAGCGUGGCUUUGACUUGGUGCUGGGCGAGCAGCCAUCUGACAAGAUUUUUCGGUUCACCUACACCCUGGGGGAAGGCAUGUGGCUGCCCCUGAGCAAGAGUUUCGUCAUCCCACCAGCUGAGUUGGCCAUCAACCCCUCAGCCAAAUGUAAGACGGACAUGACAGUGAUGGAGGAUGCAGUGGAGGUCAGGGAAGAGCUGAUGACCUCCUCCUCCUUCGACAGCCUGGAGGUGCUCCUCGACUCCUUCGGCCCUGUCCGUGACUGCUCCCGGGACAACGGGGGCUGCAGCAAGAACUUCCGCUGCAUCUCGGACCGCAAGCUGGACUCGACGGGCUGUGUGUGCCCCACGGGACUGAGCCCCAUGAAGGACGGCACGGGCUGCUAUGACCGUCACGUCGGCGUGGACUGCUCCGAUGGCUUCAACGGGGGCUGCGAGCAGCUGUGCCUGCAGCAGAUGGUCCCCCUGCCCGAAGACCCCCUGCUCUACAACAUCCUCAUGUUCUGUGGGUGCAUUGAGGACUACAAGCUGGGCACGGACGGUCGGUCGUGCCAGCUCAUCUCGGAGUCGUGCCCGGAGGCGGGGGACUGCGGGGAGCCCCGCGAGCUGCCCAUGAACCAGACGCUCUUUGGGGAGAUCUUCUACGGCUACAACAACCACUCCAAGGAGGUGGCGCCAGGGCAGGUGCUCAAAGGGACGUUCAGGCAGAACAACUUUGCCAGGGGCCUGGAGCAGCAGCUGCCAGAUGGACUGGUGGUGGCCACGGUGCCCUUGGAGAACCAGUGCCAAGAGGAGCUCUCUGACCCCACACCUGACCCCGAGUUCCUCACCGGGAUGGUGAACUUCAGCGAGGUGUCUGGGUACCCCCUCUUGCAGCACUGGAAGGUGCAGUCCAUCAUGUACCACGUCCGGCUCAACCAGAUGACCAUCUCCCAGUCCUUCAGCAAUGCCCUCCACUCCCUGGAUGGGGCCACCUCCCGUGGAGAUUUCGUAGCACUGCUGGACCAGUUUGGCAACCACUACAUCCAGGAGGCAGUGUAUGGCUUUGAGGAGUCCUGCUCCAUCUGGUAUCCCAACAGGCAGGUCCAGCGGCAGCUCUGGCUGGAGUACGAGGACAUCAGCAAAGGCAACUCGCCCUCGGACGAGUCGGAGGAGCGCGAGCGGGACCCCAAGGUGCUCACCUUCCCCGAGUACAUCGCCAGCCUCUCCGAGUCGGGCACCAAGCGCAUGGCAGCGGGCGUGCGGAUGGAGUGCCGGAGCCGCGGGCGCUGCCCAUCCUCCUGCCCGCUCUGCCACGGUGCCUCCAGCCCCGACGCGCCAGCCGAGCCCAUCCUGCUGGAGGUCACCAAAGCGGCCCCCCUCUACGAGCUGGUCACCAACAACCAGACCCAGCGGCUCCUGCAGGAGGCCACCAUGAGCAUGCUGUGGUGCUCGGGCAGCGGGGACGUCAUCGAGGACUGGUGCCGCUGUGACUCCAGUGCCUUCGGGGCCGACGGGCUGCCCACCUGUGCGCCUCUCCCCCACCCCAUCCUGCGUCUCUCCACCGAUCACGAGCCCAGCAGCACACUGGUGGUUCUGGAGUGGGGGCACUCGGAGCCCCCCAUCGGGGUGCAGAUUGUGGACUACCUCCUCCGUCAGGAGAAAGUCACCGACAGAAUGGACCACUCCAAGGUGGAGACAGAGACGGUGCUGAGCUUUGUGGACGACAUCAUCUCUGGUGCCAAGUCACCCUGUGCCAUGCCAGCCCAAGUGCCUGACAGACUCUCCUCCACCAUCUCCCUCAUCAUUCGCUGCCUGGAGCCCGACACCACCUACAUGUUCACACUCUGGGGAGUUGACAACACAGGAAGGCGUUCCAGGUCCAGUGAUGUGACGGUCAAGACCCCCUGCCCUGUGGUAGAUGAUGUGAAAGCUCAAGAAAUAGCAGACAAGAUCUACAACCUGUUCAACGGCUACACGAGCGGCAAGGAGCAGCAGACAGCCUACAACACUCUGCUGGACCUGGGCUCCCCCAGCCUCCACCGAGUCCUCUACCACUACAACCAGCACUACGAGAGUUUUGGGGAGUUCACCUGGCGCUGUGAAGAUGAGCUGGGGCCCAGGAAGGCCGGCCUCAUCCUCUCUCAGCUGGGGGACCUCAGCAGCUGGUGCAAUGGCCUCCUGCAGGAGCCCAAGAUCAGCCUCCAGCGCUCGUCCCUCAAGUACCUCGCCUGCCGCUACAGCGAGAUCAAGCCCUAUGGGCUCGACUGGUUGGAGCUCAGCCGGGACCUCAAGAAGACGUGCGAGGAGCAGACGCUGAGUGUCCUUUACAAUGACUAUGGGGACAAGGACUACUGAGGGUGGCGGGCACCCCGCUCUCACGCUGGCCUUCCCAUGGGCGCUUGUGAGGGUUUUAUACGCGGACCCGUGGAGGGGGAGGGUGUCACUGAUGUUUCUGGAGGCAACAGUUUGGACCGGGGAGCAAAACCGACUGCUCUGUGCAGGACUUACUCAGUAUUAGUUUCUUCUUUGACUUGGGCAAAAGCCUUUCUAGUUAGAAGUCUUGUGGGACCCAGUUUUCUUGGUUUUGUUUUAUUCAUUUUGCCAAGAGGUUCCUCAGCACCAGUGGAGAGGGCAGGUUGGGAGGGCACAGCCCUCUCCUCCUGCCCCAUCCCUGCCCUGGCUGUGGGGACCGUCCCCAAGGGUGGGGGGCACUGGUCACGGGAGAAACUCAGUGACACAACCAGGAUGGGAGAGCAGGUGACGCAGGGUUGGGAAAACGGAGGCAGGGCAUGCAGGUCAGGUGGAGAUGCUUAUGGUUAUGGCUGAGCUAAACAGCCACUGGAUGGCCAGCAGGGUUGGGAUGGGGUUUUUUUGCAACUGUGAAGCAUGAGAUCUGGAUGAGACGUGGCCAAGCAAUGAUGCUAUUGGUGGGCAGGGCUGGCGUGGUGUCACCAUCUGGGGUGAGGAGAGAGGGGCAUUGGUGAGCCCAUCUCCUCAGGUUCUAUGCCAUGGUCAAAGCUCCAAGAUGCAGAGUGCUCCUGAACAAAGGCAGCUUGGCCUCAGGGCCGGUGGUCAGCUGGACAUCACGAGCUUUCUUCUUGUGGGACCACAUUCCUAGGAAGUCAAAUUUAAAAUCCCUCCCAAUAAUUUUUCUUUUUUUUUUUCUUCUUUUACCCACCAUAAUAAAGACUUUGAAGCAAUGUCAAACUGCUGCUGAGGGGAGUCCCAGCCAGGAGAGCAGCAGCCAGAUGGUUCUGAGGGGGUGACCAUCUGCACCAGCCAGUGUAGCUGUGGUGUAGCCCAGGCUCUGCGUGGGGAAGGGAGAGGAGUGCAGGGCACCCCAACACAGUGGUGCAGGGUGGUGCUGAAGGGCAUGAAGGGCAGGCUUCUGGGGGGAUUGCUUGCCUGUGGUCAGGCUCACAUCUGCAGCUCUUUGUGACUUUUUUUUUUUAAAACCAGGGUUGCACUGGGACACUGGGCUUGGUUCAGAGCAAGCUGUUCUCCAAAACCCUGUCACCGCUGAUGGUGUUGGAGGCAGAAAACAGCUUCCUUUCAGCUCCAGCUUCCAGCCUGGUUUGCAGAGGAGGCACCUCUGGACUUGCCAGCUGCGCACCUUUGAUCUGGACAAGCCCGGAGCCCUACAGUGGGAUUUUUACGAUGCCUCUUCAGAGAGAAAUUUCUCUUUAAUUUUUUUCAGUCUUGGCAGGAGCAGUCUUCAGCCUGUCUCAUACAAUUUUCUGCCUCAUUCCUCCUCCUACCUGCCAAGGACAUGGUUCGAAUAUUUGCGUGGUGCUGAGAGGGAGGCGGCUGUGCUCUGCCGCCGGUCACGGCCCACAGCGCUCUAUCACAGUGCUUUCUCAAACAGCAGUUCAGUAUCUCCCUGCAGGACCACACCGUGCUUUUCUCUUCCCUUUUAAUGGGCAGACCUCUCUCCAGGGGCAGCUGGCCUGGGCUGGGGAGCUACUGGGAGCAACCACCAGCAGUCAGUGUUACCUGGGCAUCUCUAUGUUUUCGCUGUAAUGAAUGUGUCUAGCAGGGGUUGUCAGAGAAGCACCUGCUGUGUGUAAGAAAGAAGUCUGCUGGAUCCUU